UAGUAUCAUCAACGGCAAGAACCGCAGACAUUCUCCUUCAUAUUCUCUAUCCACUAAUCCUCCUUUCGACUCACCGCAGGCUCAAGCGCUCCCAUACAGAGAGAAUAACCACCAAUAUACACAAUGGGCCUCGAGAGAUCCCAGACAGUGAUACGCUACGUGCUCCUCUUCUUCUGUCUCGCCACCUUGGGCUUCGACAUCUUCUUCAUCCAUGUCUACCAGACCUAUAACCAAGUCGUCUUCACCUGGAAGUUCUACGCCCACAUGGGCUUGGUCGGCGUCCUCGUCCUCAUCAUCCUCGCCUCCGAAAUCGUCCACCGCAUCUCCAAUUACCGUCGUGUCCAACGCGAACGCGCCUCUAUCGAGGCCGCGUACGAAACCUCACACCACGCACCUUACCUGCCCCCGACCUCCUUCUCCUCCUCCUCUCCCGAGUCCACGGAAGCCUUGAUGCAUGAACUUCCGAAACCCCAAGCGCUCCACUACCCCGAGCCUCCAACCUGCUGCCAAACCACCUUCUCCAUCAUCCGUCUCCUGAUCCUCUGGGCCAUCAGUGCCGCGCUGCUCAACAUCACCGUCCGGACCUUCGAGACCCAGGGACGUUUCGUCUUUUCCCUUCCUUUCCCUCGCGAUUCUUCCCAGGGUAUAGCUCUCAAUAACAAAUUCAGUGCCUAUGAUCCCCACGACCUCUUCUUCUGCCCGGACAUCAAGCUCCCGGAUCUGACUACCAUUCUGUGUCAUUUUGACCAGAUCACCAUGAUCUUGGUCACUGUUGUGGCCAUCUGCGCGAUUAUCGAGGCCAUCGCCGUCAUCGUCCUCGUGAACCGCACCCGUAGCCCACGUUUGGCGGCCUGGGCGGGCGUCGAGAACGAACGCGGCAAGAUGAAGAAGCGCGUUGAAGUUUAUGAUGACGUAGAAUUGGGCAAUGCCCAGGUUGUAGCCGUGCCAUUUCCGUGUCCGUCUCCGAUGGUACCGUCUCCGGCUGCUAUUGAGAUGCAUCCAUAUGGAGCGUAUCACCAGCCUGCAUUCGCGGCGGGUCAUUUGAAGGAUAACGUUGACGAGAAGCAUAGGUCGCUUCCUCCAUUGCCGCUGUGGGUGGACGAUAAGAAGGAAAUGAAACCGGGGUAUAAUCCUUUUGAGGACGAUGUCAAGGACAAGAAAUUCGCUCAAGAAGAAGAAGAAGAAGGUCCAGAGCAGGAUCCAGCAGCAGGUCCUUCGGCAUCCAUACCCUGUAAAUAAUGGAUAUUCCCUAAAUCGAUAAUAAAAACUUCCGCUAUCAUGAG